AUGUCAGGCUACUAUGUUGGACCCUUCGGUCGUAUGUUACCCACCACCGGCCCAUCCUCGGAGCAGCAAUCCGAGCGUCCAGCUAAUUUACAAGAAUCCGGGGAACCCCCAUACCAGCUUCCACCCCCGCGUACACCGGCCAGUUUACAAUUUGGAUCGGAUCCCUUCCUGCGCCAGCGUCAGCAAGAAAACCCCGAGAGACCUUCAGACAUUGGACGCCAGAGGACAGAGCAACUUCCCUCCGUGAGGCAACUUUUUACCCCAGUGACUGGUUCCAACUCUCCUACAUACCCUCAAGCAUACACUUCAUCCAGCACUGAGCGCCGUGAACCUUCGUACGCAUACCUGCGUCAUGAGCCGAAUUUGUCUUCGCAGCUUUCACCAACUGCCGCGCAUGAAAGAGCCACAUGCCACUCCGAAUCCCUUUCACAACCACAGACUGGCAACUUGCCUCCGUUGUCACAAGUGGCCUCUUUGCAUAGUUCAGCAGAUAUAAGGCACCACACACCAACGAGGAGUGACCCAUCUGCAGUCGGUUAUCCGCACGGCCAAUUACCCUUCCACGGCACACCAUUCCAUGAUAAAUUACCCAGUGCGGAACUAUCAUCACCAGAGGCUUCUGGUCGACAUGAAAAUACCGUGAGACCACAUGUGGUUGACGAGCGAUACAUUGAAGGAGAAGGGAUCUGCUACGUUUAUGCAGAUGGAUCCCAUUGCCCCAAGGCCAUUGACGGGAUUCCUGUGAAUGCAAAUUGGGGUGUUACCAAAGCCGGAAAGCCGAGAAAACGCCUUGCGCAAGCAUGCCUGAUCUGCCGUGAGAAGAAGAUCAAAUGCCAACCGAAUUUGCCUAAAUGUGACCAGUGCCAGAAAUCGGGACGGGAGUGCAGGUUCGAGAAUGCUCCUCGUGGAAACCGUGCUUCUGCUUCCAUGCGAGUAUCUCAAUCGGCAGGACCAUCUGGCAAACCCGAUGGGAGAGAUCCCUACGCCCCCGCCGGCCAUUCUACUUCGGACAAUUCCCCGUCACUUUAUAACCUCGCCCGAGCCUCCGAUAGCGGUACUUCCCUUCCUGGGACAGGCGGCCACUCACCAACAUCAGAGGGCUCUAUGCUCACGCCAUCAGGCACAGAAAUUACAUACGAGACCAUGGCCGAUGCGGACAGAGCCUAUAGAUCGCGCGCGUACCGAUUCCCGCCACCCUUCCCUGGCACGGAUGAUACCCUCGGACGAUCGGCACAUAUCGAGAGCAGCCGCCAACCGGAAUACUCUGAAAUCCUCGGGGAACUCAAGGACAACAACCCUGAUGAUCCAUUGUUGGGCUCCUGGCAUCUCGACCCUCACGAAAGCGAUCCGGAGAUGACGAUGCAUUAUAUUGAAUGUUAUUUCAUGCACGUGAAUGAUGGGCUGUACCACAUGUUCCCACAUGCGCGGUUUGCCUUGUGGCUGAAGUCAUACCCCAAGAAGUCUGCAGAGGACAAGAUGUUGCUUUACGCCAUGAUGGCAUUGGGAUCUGUCUUUUCAGACAGGUCGGACAAAGUGGUAGCUAUGAGGCGUUACGCUCGCAUAGCACGAUUCGCCAUCAAUAGAAGCCAGCAUGCCCUCUCCCUGCAGCUUGCUCAGAGCCAUAUCAUAAUGAGUCUCUGGUACUAUGCUACAGGAUCACUGGUCGGGUCCUGGGAUUCGAUAGGUGCGGCAGGAAGAGCGGUCUUUGGACUUCGUUACAAUCUGGAAUCUGGGGGUGUCGUCGUGGAUCAGAACCAGCCCUGUGACUAUAGUCUCCACCCCCAGGCAUUGAUAGAGUGCCGCCGUCGAACAUUUUGGAUUGCUUUUGUGCUUGACCGCUUUUCUAGUCUCUAUUCCGCCUCGUCAACUUUCAUCUCGUCAGAUGCGGCAUUAUUACGGCUUCCAUGCCGCGAAGAAAUCUACGAAACUCAACAAUAUGCGACGGCACCCUACUUCCAAUCAUUCUUAAACCAACCGACAUCUUCGGACGAUGAUCGCCCAACCCUCAGCCCAAUGGCCUUCUUGAUCGAACUCAUGGCUAUCUGGGGAGAUGUUUCCCUCCACGUUAUCCGUUUACCACACAUGCCCCCCGAAGCGUACGCCCGACUCGCCGAAGAAUUCCAUACGACCAUCGUCAACAAAACAAACACUUGGAUGACCCGACUCCCCGAACAUCUCGCAUUCUCAUCUAUAAACCUGGAACGAAGCAUCCGGGCUCGAACAGCGGACACCUUAAUUUCAAUCCACCUGUUUUACCACGCUACUUUGAUGAAACUAUACAGACACGCCCGCUAUCAGAGUCUCCAAACUGAAGUUCUAAGUCAAUACAUCCACCGAGCCCGAUACCACGCCAUCGAAGUACUCCGCAUAGCUCCUACGUUCGACCAAUUCGCCAAGGAGAUCAUGUCAGCCCGAGCCAGCACAGAUGUCGCCCCUCCCCAGAUGACCCUCCUCAAUCCAUUCCUCGGCUAUGUCAUUCUAUCAGCCGUGGACGUUUUAAGCGCCGCGGGCUUGGCAUCACAGUUACAAGAAUGCAUUUCCUACAUCAGAGGUGCCCUACUCACAGUCCAAGAACUUAGUCGCUACUGGGAUAGUUCUCUACUGCUCGUCUCCGCACUUCAGAGACGACUGAGAUUGAUGAUCGAUUGUCUGAACGAGCGAAGCGUCAUCGAAGAGAAACAGGGCUUUGCUCUAGAUGGUCCUUCUCUCGAGACGAAGGUCCACGCUGGCGCGUUGCCGUCCCACCCCCCUGGCAGUCUUAGUGAAGAUCUUUUCACUGGCACGAUGCCUCGUGCGGUACUUCUGAAUGCCCUGCGAGUCGAUGAUAGCAUCCUCUCAGAGAGCAAUAUUGCCUGGAUCAAGGAUCCCUGA